CACGCAGAUACAUAAGCACGCGAACAUAUAUACGCACACCAGGCAAUGGUAUAUAUAUAUAUAUAUGUAUUUAAAGACGUAUAGACGUACAGAGGACAGUUAAGCACUGAAUAAGUGAGAACUGAUCGAUACGGAUCUAUUUCAUCAUUGAAGAAGAAGUAUUAACUACUACGACACUGUGCUUAUUACGAAUGAAUUGAAUAUUGUCAAACGGUUAAAUAAUUAUUAUAACAGAUUUAUUCACUGUGGUGCUUACACUCUGGCUGUACAAGAAGACUACUGAGUUAACGACUUUAAUUUCAUCGUCAUCGUUAAACGUUGUGAUUUUUAAGCCGCAAUUGAUUAAACCGCCAAUUAUUGAAUUAACAAUGUUAUCAUGUUCAAUAUAAAUCGAACACAACGAACAUCAGCAUCUGAGCAACAGUCUCAACAACAACAACAACACCAACAGCAACAGCAACAUGAUCAGUCAUCACAAAUGCAUCAAGAAACACGACAACCACAUCAUCAACAACACCAACACCAACAACAAGCAGAACAAAGUCAACGAAAUAUUCGAAGUGGAGAUGAUUCAACACCGAAUCAUUCACCGACAUCACCAGAUCAACCAGAAGUAUACAUAAGAGAAAGACGACAUCAUCGAAAUACUUCUUGUCGGAAUAGACGAAAUCAAGAUUUAUCUCCACGUUUUGAAGAUGAUAGAAAUAUAAUCUAUCUGCAUGAUGGUAAUACAAGACAUUAUCGUUCACAGAAUCAUCUAAAUGAUCCAUCAGGAUUUUGGUUACAACGAAGUGCUAGUGCGAGAAAUAUCCGUUUGAGAUCAGGACUUAGCCAUAAUCAUUUACAUCAGCUAAAUGUACCAGUUGACGAAAGAUUUACAGAUCAUAUCCGUCGAUCAUUUCAUGAUAGAAGUAAUGGUCUUAGUCAAGAUGCACUUGUUGAACGUCAAAAUUUAGUUCUAGUUCCAAUGUUUGGCUUACUUCGUCCUCGAAGAUCAAGAAAUAGAACUCAUCGACUAUCAGCAGAUUUAGAGAAUACACAACAACGUCGUCAGUUAGAACUUGAUGUUUCUAGUUUUCGAAAUUUGAACAAUUCACUUUCAUCCCCAUUAAAUGAUGAUCCUGGUGAUCGACCAAUCAUCUUUACAAAUCCAACAAAUCGAAACGCUCUUCAACAACCAUUGACACUGAAUACAGCUCAAACGCUUUCUUUACGUUCACCAAAUGAAGAUACAACAACUGAUCGUGGUUCACAGAUUAUUCGAUCCCAGGCAAGAGUGAAUUCUGUGCAAACGUCUAGAGCAACACAAGUUGUUCAGACAAGAGGUCCUUAUCAAGGUCAACUUCGACGUGUGCAAAAUGAUGCGAUGCCGAAUAGACAAAAUGAGGAUGGCUCUGCAUUGCAUGAUUCAGUGGUGACGAAUACUGUGUCGCAUACAAAUCGUUUAAGUGGAAUCCAGUCAAGUGAUAAUAACGAUGUAAACUCAAACAGCAAUAAUAAUAAUACGAAUAACAGACAGACAAGUGAAACAGCAGCAACUCAUGAGUCACCGAAUAACAGCAGAGACAGAGAAAUUUAUGUAUUACGUAAUAAUCCACCAUUAUCUCAACCUGUACAACCGUCUACAGUGGACAAUGCAAGUAUGACUACUAGUAUUAGUGAUGCUAGUAGUAUAGAAGAUUUACAUGUGACAGAAAUAGUCGCCAACAGUCACAAUGAAUCAUUGAUUCAACAUCCACAAUUAUGUGAGACAAGUAGUUCAGAGACGGAGAGAGUAAUUAAAAGUCAAGAAGUUCAAUAUGCAGAGAAUCGGCCAGAAAUGAAUGAUUGGAGAGCUAAUCUAAUCGGAAGUCGUCAAUUAUGGCGUCAAAUGCUUAUUAGUGAAAGAUUUGCUGAUGUCUGGUUUAUUGUUGGCGGUGAAGACAUCCUCAGUAGUACUGGACCGCUUAGUUUACAUUCAAAUGAUCCCGGUGCACCUGGUGGUCCAACAAGUCAAAUCAGUUGUUGUUCAAAUAAACAAAUGUUAAAUGUUUCAACAAGAUCAUCAAAUUAUUCAUCAAAUGGAGUAAAUAAGUCAAGGAUAAUGUAUAGUAAAAGUAAUACUAAUACUACUACUAAUAAUAACAAUACUGUUAAUAAUAAUAAUAAUAACAAUAAUAGUAACAAUAAUAAUAAUGGCAAUAACAAUAGUCAUGUUCAAAAUGACUACUUCGAUGCGAUGCAUUCACGGUGUUCUGAUUCAGAUCAAGAGAAUACAAUAGACGAUGCAACGGAUUUAAAUUCAGACAGUGAGCAGAUCUCAUGUCAAUCAGAUCUUAGUAAAGAAAGGAUACCCAGAAGUGUUACAAACAAAAUGAAUGAGUCAACUUCUCAAAUCAUUCGUAAUAAAGAUAUAAAGCCUAAUUACAAGACUCCAUCAUCUUCCCAAUAUUCAAAUCGACUGAACAGUACAAAUGGAUGUAGUAAAACAGAUGUGUGCAGAAGUAUUCCAACAACGGGAUCACUGAAGUUGACAGAUGAUACAGAUCCAUUAAUAUGGCGAUUUGCUGCACAUCGUUUAAUACUUGCCGCUGCAUCACCAGUUUUUGAAGCAAUGUUCUAUGGACCAAUGGCUGAUUGUGAUAAUAAAGGUUCAGAAGGUCGACGAGAAUAUCAUAUCCCUGAUAUACAUCCAAAGGCAUUUCAAAUUAUGUUAUCGUAUAUUUAUAGUGAUGAAUUAUUACUUGAAAAUGAUUUGAAUCUACUAUUCUAUGUGUUAUAUGCUACAAAAAAGUACAUACUUCCACGUUUAACACAAAUCUGUGUGGAACAUCUAAAGGAUUUAAUCACAGCUGAGAAUGUCUGUAUGAUGCUGGAAAGAAGUAUAUUCUUUGAUGAAGUCGACUUAACACGUCGCUGUUGGCAUGUGAUUGAUGUCUUGGCACCUGAUGUUCUUGCAUCUCAAGGAUUGUUGACACUGAAUUCAAAUUAUCUUCAAGAUCUUGUCCGCCGUGAUACAUUAAAUUGUCAAGAAUCUGAAGUAUUUGCAGCUGUUGGACGUUGGGCUGGAGCUGAAUGCUGUCGACUGGGUAUAAGAGAUGUUGUUUGCAAUCGUGUACAAGUUGCAGCUAAUAUUCUACCGUUAAUCAGAUUUCCAACUAUGACAUUGAGUGAUUUCGCUGAAAAUGUUGCUUAUUCAGGAUAUCUGUCAUUGGAAAUGGUACGUGAUUUGUUUGUAUACAUUACUACAAAUAAAUUGAAUACACAAAAUAAAGACGGUAGAUCGCCUACACGAAGAUCGAACUCAUUAGCUAUAAAGAAAACUGAUAAUUCAAAUGAUUGUACAGAAACUGAUACACUUUCUAAUGUAGCUGUUCCAUCCUCGCUGAGAUUACCAAUUCAACCAGGACAACUUUCACCAUCCAGUCAACAGGCUUCAUCACCAGAUCCUGGACCAUUUCCACGUGAACCAAGGACUGGACCAAAAUUAUGGAGAUGUUGUAGAUUUACGCGUACUAGGAAACAUUUAUUAUCGCUGACUGCUUCAAAUAACCAUCGGCAUACAAUUAGUUUUUCGGUAUCUACAACAGUCUUUAUUGCUGGUGUAGGCAUAUACGGUUCAACACAAGUAGGUGAUAUUUGUACAGUACACGUUGAAUUGAAAACAGGCAGUGGUAGUGCACCAUUAUUAUCAUCCCCUGGAAAUGGACCAGCGAAUACAGAUUUAGCAUCAUCAUCAUUUGGAUCUCAAUCACCAGAUCGUGUAUAUAUUCCACAGACAUCAAGAAGUACAAAUGAUCUCACCAAUUUAAUAUCACCUAUCCGCUUAACCAAUGAUAAUAAUAAUAAUAUGAAUACUACUACAACUAAUAAUAAUAAUAUUCAUAAUAACAAUAAUAAUAAUAAUAAUCGUGAAGUAUAUUCAAGUCUUUGGGAUAAUACAAUAUUAUCAAGAUUAGAUGAAAUGAACUCACCUACCAUUCAUGCAAAUUCUUCAAAUCGAUCACCUAAGAAACAUUCAACAAAAUGUCUUGGAAGUAAACAACAACAGUUACGAUCUGAUGGUACUAAUCGUGUUUAUGAUAUACGCUUCGAUUGUCCUGUAAAGUUGAUUAAAGGAAGAAGAUACUAUUUAAGUUUGAGUACAACAAACGCUGAGCAUGCCGCAUCAAUGUCAACUUCAUCUACAGCUAUUAAUUCAUCAACAUCUUAUAUCGGUUUCUUUGGUCGAUCAGAGAUCCUUAUUCACUGUCCAUCAGAAGAUAAUGAAAGAAUAAACAAUCAUUCUCAUAAUAAUAAAACUUUAUCAUCAUCACCAUCAUCAUCAACAGCAGCAGCAAAAAAGAGACGACCUAAAGUGAAUAAACAACUCUAUUCAUCGCAUGAUACACCUUGUCAAUCACUUAGAAGUCAUGAAACUGUUAUCUUUCAUUUCCACGAUAGUUGGGAUGGUAUUGAAAAUGGUGAUGUUGAUAGGGGAUUAAUACCUGAUUUAUUAUUUUAUACAUGUUUCUAACUGACACUCAUUCGACCCAUUCAUCCAUCUUUCUUUCUUAUGUUCAAUAUUCAUGCUUAUCAUGUACAUUUGAUUAUACAGAAAACAAGUUGAGUUUUACAUGUUUGGUUCGUGUGUCUACUUGUGUGUGUGUAUCAUUGCACACAAAGGUGUGUCAUCGCCUGUUCACUGAGAGAUCCUGACUUCUUCUAUUUCGAUGAUUUGAUAAUUGAAAUUCGUACAUAUAUCAGUCAUAUUUCAGUACUUUCUUCAUUUCAUAUUUCUUUUUUCUUCAUUUUCUCACUUCAUUAUUUUAUUUCAUCGAAAAAAUAUAACCAUAUAUAAAAGCCAA